AUUGUGUCACAAGAAAGGAAGGAUGGGGGGAAGGGUGACCUCUGACAUCGCAGUAUGGAAGCUGAGCAGAGAGAGACGAUCAUAGCUGAGCUGAAGGAGAUCCAUAGCAGUACGAGCAGCCUGUAAGUCUCCCCUGUGGUGAAGUCAUUAAGACUGUUGGUGGAAUUUACAGACCCUGAGAAAGGGGAGCUUACACAAGCACAGGACAAGGUAGAAGCACAACAAGGUAUCUGAAUCCCUGUCUGUGUGGAAAACCCUGUUUUCUGCAGCUGCACAAUCACCAGCUUCCAGUCCCUGAGCCAUGUCUGACCCAACAGAAAAGGAUGAUGGCCAUAAACCCUUUAGUGCAUUAUCCUUCGAACGUCCUCAUGAUCCUGGCACACUGUCCCUUAGUGACUCAGAUCCUGAGUUAUCAGAUGAUGCAGAGGUGGAAUCUGUGAGUGCAGAGGAAGAAGAGAAUGAUGAUGAAGAAGACAAUAGAAAGGAAGGUGGGCAUGAAUCUCCUUUGCAGCCUUUCAUCUUGAAGGGAGCGGAUGUAGGCUUCUCCCAGCGCAGUCAUGGCAUUUUUGGAGGCUUGUUGGAUGUACAGAAGUUGCCACCUCUUUCCAAGCAUAGCACAAAAGGGAAGCAAGGGGUUAGUGCUAGUUUGAUUCCUGAAGUUCCAGCUUCUGAUUCUAACCCAUCCGAACAAAGGGAGAAAACCACCCUGUCUUCAAAUACUGGAAGCUCAAGCGUUGCCACUAAAAAACGCUCAGCACCGGCUACCCACCUUCCUGAUUAUCUAGCCCACCCAGAGCGCUGGACAAAGUACAGCCUGGAGGAUGUUCAAGAUGCCAGUGACCGCGGCAACCGAAAUACGGCUCUUAAUUUCAUGGCAGAGUUAAAAAAUAAAAAAGAAGCUAAGGAGGCCUCCAAGAAUACCACCAACCCAAACUCCUUCAACCAAGAUUCCUCCAGUGCUGGGGAGGGAAGAAUCAUGUUCACAAAGCCACAGAAAAAGAGCCAGAAAGAUGGUGAGAAAAGUGGGGCACAGUCAGGACAACAGCACAUGGCUAAGUCAUGGGGUGAUGAUGGCCUGGAAGAUGCUGAGGGUACUGGAGAAAAGGCAACGUCUGAAGCUUUGGGGUUUCACGGGUCUAAGAAACGGAGCCGGAAAAAUAUCAGACCAAAAAAACGUGAAAAAGAGGAAGAGGACUCUUCAUAAGGAGGGCUGGGGAAUGUCAAAAUAUAAUCUAAUUUGUUGUGGAGUGACCUUAAGAGCAAUAAUGAAACAUAAUAUUGUUUAGAGUAUUAUUGUAAGUUCAGUCUAUAAAAAAAUAUUCUGAUUUGA